AUGAGUGAAGAGCAGAACGUUGAGAUUAAGACGUGGAAAGAGGUUGAAGAAGAGUGGUCAAAAAGUGAAGAAAACGACACAAAGACUUGCUCCAAAAAAGAAUAUGAAGAGUACUAUCCAUUAUUCGUUCAAUACGCAACACAAUCCCCACAACAUCGGUUUACACUCUUCCAAAUCUAUGACUCGUUGAAGUAUUUGUGCCAAACAACAAAGGAAUUUAAUAUACUCUUUUGGAGAUAUCUCACACAGGUACAACCUUUUUCAUCAAGAGAUGUCGUCCCAGUCACACUCCCACCACCCGAGAGUGAAAAGUGCUUCUUUAACUUGGAACUCAAGUUCCAACAGAACAAAAUUUGUAUUGAAUUUCACUCGGAACUUGCCUUGUUUCGAGAUAGAGAUAUUCCAUCAAAUACUGUCAACAGACAUGCCACAAUUCAAGGACUUUUCAAUGAUAAAAUCAGUGCGCUUGUCCUCUCACUAGCAAGGUAUAACAAUUCCACACAAGUCCAUAUCAAGAAUUUAGCAAAAUAUGAUGUGCUCUUCGGGUCCUAUGAGGAUCAAGAGAAAACCGUUUUGGGUGAUGAAAACAAAUCGCUUUCAUGUGGGGAUUUUUAUGUCACAAAGCACUCGAACUUGUUCUAUAAUCUUAUUGUUCACUGCAAAUUCGACCAACCAUUUGUACUCGAAAAUCCAGAAGAACACCAGAGGUUUUAUUCUAAUCUCAUUUUCUAUCUCCAUCGGUGCAAAACGCAGGAAUUAUUCUUUUGUAUGCACGAGCUAGAUACAUCGGAAUUACCAAAAAGAAUCACUUCGGUGUUUUCCGCAGUCAGACAAGCGAUUUUGUACGAUGGGUAUACUUCCCUCCAGAAAAUCGUCUUCAUAUGCCCAGACACCGACUUGAACUUAAAACAACUUAAAGACAACUUUGACAGUACUUUUCUCAAUUGA